AUGAUUCCAACUGUUUCCGCUUGGCGGAAAUAAACAACAUGGCCGAAACGGUGGCGCGCGGAAGUGUGGAAAUCAUGCAAGAGCAAAAUAAUACAGAUACUCAGACAACAUUGGAUAGCCCCAAGUUGAGCAGUUCCACUGGAGGCAGCAUGCCAGGGACACCAGUAAGACUUGACCACACAUACGAUGGACUACCUAUGGAAAAUGAUGACACCCUGCCCCCUGGUUGGAAACGACUUGUUACGCAACGCACCAUGGGAAAGUCAGCAGGGAAGUUUGAUGUAUACAUCUAUAGCCCAGAAGGCAGAAAAUUUAGAUCAAAGACAGAGCUCCAGGCUUAUUUGGAUAGAAAUAAGAUUGAUUUAGACAGCAACGAAUUUGACUUUACAGUUAGGGGAAAGCAUAAUACUCCUCAGAAAGUAACAGGGUCUAAAGAUAAAAAGGCCCCCAAAUCACCAUCUGUCAAGAAAGUGAAAACGAAAUUGGUCAAAAGACUAGAAAUGAAACCAAAAAAGGAAAGUAAAAUAAACAUUCCCAAAAAGGCUUGCAAUAAGCAGAAGCCAGUAUAUCAAAAACUUGUUGUUAAGAUGAACUUUAGGCUGCCAAAACAAAGAAGGGAAGAGAAAGAAAGUGAAAAUGGGGAUCAAGACCAAAGAAUCAAAUCAAAUGACUCAGCAACCAAAGCUGCCAAAAAUAUCAAGGAAAAAACACCGAAGAUAGCAAAACUGAAGAAAGCUCCCAAACAAGGAACACAAUCUCAACAAAAAGUCAAAGUCAUUAAGAAAACUGCAGUUAAAGGAAAGUCAAAAGUAAAGGAGAACAAAAAGAAGCAAACAAAAGACAAACCAGUUAGCAAACAGAAAAAGAUGAAUGAAAAGGACAAAAAGGACAAAAAUCCCAAAAGCAAAUCAGAAAGUAAAUCAAAAAAGAAAAAAGACUGGGAGAAAACACCAAAGGAGAAAAAGAAACGGGAAACAAAGAAAAAAGAAAAGGUCAGAAAAUUGAAAACCAAGAAUAAAUUGCCACACAGAUCAGUCUCACCUGCUGUACUGGACCAUAGUUAUAGUGCUCCACCUCCAAAACUCAACAGAUCACUUUCACAGCCAGCAAACCCAACACAGAAAUCUGAACACUCCAGGAAACGUAAAUUAUCAGAAAGAUCAGGAGAAACUUUCAAAAUACCUAAAUUAAGCCCAGAGGCACUAAUGAGUGGCUCACCAAAUAGGAAAACUCCAGUUGUAAUCAGCCUCCCUGUAUCUCCAUUGAGCAUGAAUAUAAAAGAGUGUGACAUUUUCUCAAAAGAGGGCAGCAGUGCCAAACGAGUCACCUCCCGGCAAAUAACACCAGAUGGCUCCCUAAUCAUCUCCCUAAGCCCAAGACGAGCCAGUUCCAGUGAGUCCCCAAGAAGUCCAAACUCAAGUCAGAAGACUUUGAGCCUGUCACCAACUGGGAACACCAGAGAGACACUGUCACCUACUUCUCCUCGAUCCAUGCUGAAACCAUUGACAGUGUCACCAAGAAGUACCAAGGAGGCAGUGUCCUCAGUAAGAAAUAAAGAGACAUUGUCUCCAAACAAUAAGACAGUUUCACCAGGUAGCCCAAGGCCUGUACUGACACACUUCACCAGUAUAGGUCCUUUAUCUGAGAAACCACGUCACAGUGGAUCUGUGUCACCAAAAAGUCCACGUUCUAUGUUGAAUCAGUUUAGUGUCAAGCCACCGAUUAAUGUGUCACCACAGAAUGCCAGGGUGACAGUGUCAAAGAUAAGUCCAGUGUCCGUGCCAUUAAAAAGGUUGUCUCCCGAAGAGGCAGUUAACAUGGGAGUUAAUCAGCAACUCAAGGGGAAGCCCCAAGAUUCUGCUGCACUCCCAAAAGAUAAGAAAACCCAAAAAAGCAAGUAUUUUCAAGCCAAGGGUACACUUCCUGCACCAAAGAGAAAGAAAUUUGAAAAGUGGACUCCCCCAAGGUCGCCUUACAAUUUAGUUCAGGAGAGCUUGUUUCAUGAUCCAUGGAAACUGUUGGUGGCAACAAUAUUUCUUAACAAAACAACAGGCAAAGCUGCAAUUCCUGUCCUGUGGCAGUUUUUAGACAAAUGGCCAUCAGCAGAGGCAGUACAACACGCUGACUGGGAACCAAUCGCACAACUGCUGCAACCUCUGGGGCUGCACGAAAAGCGAGCCAAAACAAUUGUCAAAUUUUCUGAGGAAUAUUUGUCCAAGGACUGGAAGUACCCCAUUGAAUUAUAUGGCAUUGGAAAAUAUGGCAAUGACUCCUACAGGAUAUUCUGUGUCAAAGAGUGGAAACAGGUUCACCCUGAAGAUCACAAGUUGAACGCCUACCACAAGUGGCUUUGGGAUAACCACAUUGAAUUGGGCAUAGAUUGACUGUUCUUCAACUGAAAUUUUGGGAUCAAAACAGUUCAAAAUGAGGAGCAAAAUACCUCUAAAGGAAUCAUGCGCAACAUUUUGUUUAAUGGCCAAUGAAAAUAUCAUGCAGUUGGUGAUCAUUGUUCGAUGUAUAUUUGAUAAUUUUUUUAGAAAUAUUUGAACAGGAUAUGUCCAACUUUUUAAUUAAUGGCCAGUU